AUGCUUCCCGCCUCUCCGAUGAUCAUCCAGUCGAUCAAGCAUCACAAUACCGCCAAAAUGUCCAUGUUCCGAGCGAAAAAACUCGAUCUGGGAUGCUUCUACAACAUUCGAACGAUUCGCGAUCACACCAAGCGCAAGACUUUCGAGCAAUUCGAACCUGAGCGACAAGCGCUGCGAUACAUGAUCCGAAAUACGACCCUCUCCCCUCGAGUCCGCGCGGAGGCUCAAUUGCAGCUUGCGCAGAUGCACUGCUACACCCGACCGACACAAAUUCGCAACCGCUGCAUCAUGGGCGGCCAGGGCCGUGGUGUGCUGAGCGACUUUAAGAUGAGCAGAUACCAAUUCAGAAUGCAGGCCAUCGCUGGAAACAUCCCCGGCGUGAAGCGAGCAAGCUGCUUGCGAGCUUACAACGCAGAGCUUGUUGCCCAUAAGCAUUAA